AUGGCUUUAUAUAAUUUCAAGAAGAUUGCAGUUGUUCCACCUGCGAAGGACUUUAUCGAUAUAAUUUUAUCGAAAACGCAACGCAAGACACCGACAGUUAUUCACAAGCAGUAUAAAAUUACGAGAAUACGCGCGUUUUACACGCGAAAAGUAAAAUUUACUCAGCAGAACUUUCACGAUAGAUUAUCUCAAAUAAUACAAGAAUUUCCUAAGUUGGAUGAUGUGCAUCCCUUUUAUGCUGACUUAAUGAAUGUUUUGUAUGAUAAAGAUCACUAUAAGUUAGCUCUUGGACAGAUAAAUACUGCUAGGCAUUUAAUUGACAAUGUUGCAAAAGAUUAUGUUCGUUUAUUAAAAUAUGGAGAUUCAUUAUAUCGGUGCAAGCAAUUAAAGAAAGCUGCUCUCGGCCGAAUGGCCACUAUUAUGAAAAGACAAGGAGCCAAUUUAACGUAUCUUGAACAAGUUCGCCAACAUUUAGCUCGAUUACCAAGUAUAGAUCCAUAUACGCGCACAAUAAUUAUAUGUGGUUUUCCAAAUGUUGGCAAAAGUAGUUUUAUCAAUAAAAUUACUCGAGCGGAUGUAGAGGUUCAACCAUAUGCAUUUACAACAAAAUCUUUAUAUGUGGGGCAUACAGACUAUAAAUAUUUGACAUGGCAAGUAAUAGAUACACCUGGAAUAUUGGAUCAUUCACUGGAAGAGAGAAAUGUAAUAGAAAUGCAAGCAGUGACUGCUCUUGCUCACUUGCGAGCUGCUGUGCUUUAUUUUUGUGACUUGUCCGAACAAUGUGGUCAUACUUUAGAAGAACAAGUAAAAUUAUUUGAAUCUAUAAAGCCUUUGUUUACAAAUAAGCCCCUAAUAAUAGUGCUGAACAAAACAGAUAUUGUACGUUUAAGUGAAUUAUCCCCGGAAAAGAGAGCUAUUCUAAAAUCAUUCGAGAACGAUGCAAACAUACCCAUGUUAGAAAUGAGUACCAUUACUGAUGAUGGUGUGAUGGAAGUAAAAUUAGAAGCUUGUGAACGAUUAUUAGCCUUCAGAGUCGAUCAAAAGAUUAAAACUAAAAAGGUUGAAGGACUUCUUAAUCGACUACAUAUUGCUCAACCGAAAAGAAUAAAUCCUAAUCGCGUUCCGUGUAUACCAGAAAGUGUUCUGAAGAAAAGACAGAUUGCCGCAGAGAAAGCCGAAAGAAAGCGCAAACUAGAGAGAGAGAUAGAAGAAGAAAUGGGAGACGAUUAUGUGCUCGAUCUUAAGAAGAAUUACGAUAUCGAAGGAGAUCAAAAGUAUGACAUCAUACCAGAGAUUUGGGAAGGUCAUAACAUAGCAGAUUACAUAGAUCCGGAUAUAUUCGAAAAAUUGAAUCAAUUAGAAAGAGAAGAACAAUUGAGAGAAGAGGCCGGCAUGUAUGAUUACAAAGUACCCGAAUUAUCGGAGACGAUGCGCGAGAUCAAGCAAUUAGCGAAACAAAUUCGGGAUAAAAAAAUCAUCAUGAGGGAGGAGACGCGAGUAAUGAAGGCUUCCACGAAGCCAGUUAUGCCACGUACAGCUGCGGCCAAGGUUCGCGAUCGAUCGGUUGCAAAACUGAAGGAACAGAUGGAAGAUUUGGGUGUAGAUAUGGAAGAUACUGAAAAUGCACAUUUCAAACGAACAAGAGCACGAUCCAGAUCGCGUUCAGAACCCGCUAGAAAACGUAUGCGUUUGGAAUCAGUGUCACAGUCGCGUGCGCGUAGUAUGUCAAGACCACCACGGGAUGAAAUGGGUGUUAAAGAUGUGACGAUGAAGACAAAACUGAAGAAUAUAGCACACAAAGCGUUAAAGAAAAAGAUAGCCAAGAAAGGUCUUAAAGGCGAAGCUGAUCGUUUCAUUGGCAAUAAAAUGCCGAAACACUUAUUUUCUGGUAAAAGAGGAGUCGGCAAAACGGAUAGAAGAUAAAAUUAUAUAUAUAAAUUCUUUUUUUUAUAUUAUAUGAAAGUAUAGAAUACAAUAAAAUAAAAAUAUUUGGAAAAAUAUCUUGGAGCUUGCAAAUGAGAUAAACAGCCCUUAUGCUGAAUGAAAUUAUUGCUAUCUUGAUGAAAUAAUCUUUCAUGCCGAUGGUCAGAUUUCCAUAUUACAUUUAUAAUUAAAAUCGUAACACUUAAUAUGUAAUGUCGAUAGUCCUACAAUUUUAAUUUUGAAU